AUGGGCAGUCCUCUUCCCUCUUCCAGAAAGAAGGUUACUGUGGGAACAAUUCGUUCUCUACAUAAGAAAAAGGAGCCCAUCACUGUCAUCACCGCCUAUGACUUUCCAAGUGCGCACGUGGCAGAUGCUGCUGGUAUGGACAUUAUCCUUGUUGGCGACAGCCUUGCCAUGGUUGCCCUUGGAAUGGAAGACACUAGCGAAGUAGUGGUCGAGGAGAUGAUUCUUCACUGUCGAUCGGUGGCCAGGGCAACAAAGGCCGCUAUGAUUAUUGGUGACCUUCCCAUGGGCUCAUACGAGAUUGGGCCAGACCAAGCCUUGCAGAGCGCAAUUCGCUUCGUCAAGGAAGGUCGCGUUCAUGGCAUCAAGCUGGAAGGCGGAGCCGAGAUGGCGCCCACGAUCAAGAAGAUCACCUCGGCGGGCAUCCCAGUCCUUGCCCACAUUGGCCUGACUCCACAGCGCCAAAACGCCCUUGGUGGGUUUAGGGUACAAGGCAAGACGGCGGAUGGCGCCCUGAGCGUGCUCCAGGAUGCCCUCGCAGUCCAGGAGGCUGGCGCUUUGCGACCAUUUCUUCCGAAAUUUGUUAAGAAGUAUGGCGAUGUCUGGAGCGAAAGUCUUCGAGCGAUUGAGACAUACCGCGACGAAGUGAAGAGCCGGCAAUACCCGGCGCCCGAGCAUACCUAUCCCAUCUCGAAUGAGGAGCUGGCGGCUUUUGAACAGGCCGUCAAGUCCAAGGAGUGA